AUGAAGUCCCUCUUGAUCCUUGGUCUUGCUACUCUGUCCCUGUGCACUCCCACUCCAUCAAACUCAAGCCCAGUUGAUCCCAAAGACCAGGAGAUUGGAAAACGAGCAGAAGCUGAAUCACUAACCACUGGCUACUGGUCCUGCAUCAUACCCAAGGGUGCAGUUUACACCAAGGGGCAGGACGUGCUGAACGUGUGCGGCUCCGGUUUCAAGAAGAAGUAUUUUGUCAUUAACCCCCGCGACAAUCUUGUCUCUUGCUUCACGCAUAGUUCCGUCGAGAACGACCUGGGCGUGUGCGGGUCCACCGGGUUCGCCAAGCGAUACACGCUGCGGAAGCCGGCCGACAAGAUCGAGGCAUGCUCGGUCCCGAGCGAUUUCGUCUUCUCCUCGGUGCGGUCCACGCUCAACGUGUGCAGUACCAACGGCUUCGCGCCCAUAUACACGCUGCGGAAGCCGGCCGACAAGCUCGAGGCGUGCUCAGUCCCGAGCGAUUUCGUCUUCUCCUCGGUGCGGUCCACGCUCAACGUGUGCAGUUCCAACGGCUUCGCGUCCAUAUACACGCUGCGGAAGCCGGCCGACAACAUCGAUGCGUGUUCGGUCCCGAGCGGGUUCACCUUCACCUCGGCGAAGAAGACGCUGAACGUCUGCAACUCGAACGGGUUCGCCACCAUCUACCGGUUGCGGACGCCGAGCGUCGGCCUGAAGGCGUGCAGUAUCCCGCGCGGAUGGGGAUCCAGCUCGAGCGAGAGGGUGUUGGCUGUUUGUAGUUCAACGGAUUUCGCGAUGCAAUACACCUUGAAGAAACUGUAG